CUCGCGCGGAGCUACACAUAUUCUCUGGCGGCGCGAGCACCGAUGCUGCAGCAGCUCGCGGCGCUCGCGCUUGCAUUCGCCCAAGUGGCGCCGCAGGCGCGGGCGCCCGCGACCGCCACUCGGCUAGCCGCGUCGCCGCGGCUCGUGGCGGCCGCGCCGCCGCGCGCGAGCGCCAGCAGCAGCAGCGGCCGGCAGCAGCAGCCUGCCGCAGAGGCGCCGGGCAGGCCCGACGGGCGGCCGUACGAGGUGGUGAUCGCCGGAGGCGGCAUCGGCGGCCUCUGCACCGCGCUCGUGCUCCAGAAUCUGGGUUGUCGCGUGCGCGUCUUUGAGAAGACGUCGCGCUACCGCCCGUUUGGCGGGCCGAUCCAGAUCGCGUCCAACGCGGCCGAGUCGAUCCGGCGGAUCGACGAGGCGACGUACGAGAAGAUCCUCGCGCGCGCCACGGUCAUCGGCGACCGCACCAACGGACUCAAGGACGGCAAGUCGAAUGAGUGGUUUGCGACGUUCGACCUCGACUCGCCCGCGCGGCGGCGAGGGCAGGUCUCGUCUGUCGUGAUAGACCGGCCCGUCCUGCAGGAGAUCCUGCUCCAAAAGGUGCGAAACACGGUGACCAAGGGGGCGGAGGUGGUGGGGUGCAGGGAGGUCGGCGACCGCGUCCUCGUCGAGCUCUCCAGCGGGGAGACGCACGAGGCCGACCUCCUCAUCGGAUCCGACGGCAUCAAGUCGCGGGUCCGUGACGUCUUCGACCCGGGCAGGCGCGCCCCCGUCUGGAGCGGCUACACCUGCGUGGCCGGCAUGGCCUACUGCCGCCCGGACGACAUCGAGGAGGUCGGCUACAAGGUCUGGGUCGGCAGCCAAAAGUAUUUU